UGUGUAUAUUUACAUAUCACGUGAGCUUUGUUUUCAUAGUGUGCAAGGAGUCCCUGAACUCCGUUGCUUAGGCUGCAGCAUCAGGCUGAGGUAACAAGCACUGAACAUUUGGAAACUGAACAUUUGGAUUUUAGGAAACAUGCUGAUUUGGAAGAUAAUGUUCCCUGGAAUAGGACAGGUUUUAUAUGUGCUUAGCGGAAAUAUUUUUCAGAGGAGCAUUUCUUCAAUUUCCAACUUAACUUGUUGGGUUGCUGUGAGUUUUCCGGGCUUUAUGGCCAUGUUCCAGAAGCAUUCUCUCCUGACGUUUCGCCUGCAUCUAUGGCAAACAUCCUCAGAGGUUGUGAGGUCUGUUGGAAACUAGGCAAGAGAGGUUUAUAUAUCUGUGGAAAGUCCCAGGACCCUUCCACACAACUGAAUAAAAUCCCAUAUUAUCUACUUUGAACUGGGAUAUAUGGCAGUGUGCACUUAGAUAACCCAGUUCAAAGCAGAUAUUCUGUGUUAUAUGGCUGUGUGGAAGGGCCCCAGGGUGGAAGUAAGAACUCUUGUCUGUUUGAGACAAGUGUUAAUGUAGCAAUUGAUCACCUUGAUUAGCAUUGAAUGGCCUCGCAGCUUCAAGGAGUGGCUGCUUACUAUCCUUUAAAGUUCUUAUGAAGUUAUUUUAAAGAUAAAUUAGCUUUUUCUUUGCUGAAUUCAUACAGGGUGUCCCAAAAGUUUCAAUAUAUAGAAAAGACAUUCAUCUUAUAUUUAUAUUUAUUAUAUUUUUAUACUUUUUGAUUCCGUGUAAUUUCUUAAUAGCCCCACCAUUUAGUCCUGAUGCUUGCUGAUGCAUUUUAUUAAUGUUAUUUUCCUGUUAUUGUUUUAAUUAUAUAUGCUGCCAUUGUAUUAUUUUAUCUGCUAUUGGGCUUGGUCCCAAUGUGAACCGCUCCGAGUCCCCUCGGGGAGAUGGAAGUGGGUUAUAAAUAAUUAUUAUUAUUAUUAUUAUUAUUAUUAUUAUUAUUAUUAUUAUAUACAGCAUGUAGAAACUAUUUUGUAAAUAAAUAUGCAUUUUACUACAUUUUCCCUAUGAUUGGCAACUUCUGGGAUAAAUAUUUAUUUAUUAUUUAUUUAUUUAAUUUUUAUACUGAUCUUCUCCCCAGAGCGAUCUUACACAAUGGCAGAAUUAAAUGCCACAUAUAAUACAACAUGUAGUAAAAACCAAACAUAAAACACAAAUAAAAGCUGGAAUCUAAAUCAAAUUAAAACAAUUAAAACCAUGUGACCAUUACAACAGGGGAAGUUUUGAGCCAAAGUCAGAGCCAGUCUGUGUUCGACUUAAUAUUAAUUCACAGAAUCCAUCAGGUCAUAUCAACUCAUAUCUUAGGAUGGGCCAAAAGCUUGGUCCCACAGCCAGGUCUUCAGCUGUUUCCUGAAAGACAUGAGUAAGGGGACUUCCCUAAUCUCCCUUGGCAAGGAGUUUCAUAGCCACUGAGCUACCACCUGUCUCGUCCCCACCAACCGCGCCAACAAUACUUUUUGUUGUUCAGGAUAUCCUUACAUAAGGUUUUUUAUCAUGGAGUUGAUCAAUGCCUUGGGUUUUUUGUGUGUCAGGAGCGACUUAAGCAACAGAAAUUCACUUCUGGUGUGAGAGAAUUGGCUGUCUGCAAUGAUAUUGCCCAGGGGAUGCCCGGAUGUUUUAACAUCCUGUGGGAGGCUUUUCUCAUGUUUCCUCAUGGGAAGCUGGAGCUGACAGAUGGCAGCUCACCCCACUCACUCCCUAGAUUCGAACCACCAGCCUUUCGAUCAGUAGUCUUGCCAGCACAAGCGAUUAACCUAUUGUGACACCAAUGGGAUUUUACGCUUGAAUCAACACUUUUAAAUGUAUUUUGUUAUUAGUCAUUGUGGUAUACCUGUUCCUGCUUAGCUUAAUGUUUUCUUACUUUACAAGGAUAAUUUCUGAGGACACAGAGAGAGAGAUUGCUAUUACAGAUAGUCAGGGCUGUAACCAGAAUUUUUUUUUGGGAGGGGUUUUGAAAAUUUCGGCCGGGGGGUUGAACCCCUAGCACCCCCCCCCCCCCCGGGCUACAAACCUGUCAAUAUCUGCUUGAGAUAGUGCCUGGAGGGACUCUUAGUUUUUCGUCUCAUAGACUGAGCAUGGGGAUUUGGUUAACCAGUUAAAAUUCAUAAGGUUUUUUUUAUAACCUGAAAUUUUUUUGAGGGGGGGGGUUGAACCCCUAACACACACACACACACACCCUCGCUACAGGCCUGCAGGUAGUGGAUUCUGAGUACAGGUUGAGUAUCCUUUAUCCGAAAUGCUUGGGGCCAAAAGUGUUCUGUCUUUUCUAUUUUCCAUUUUGGAAUGCUUGCAUAUAGAUCAUGAGACAUUUUGGAGAUGGGACCCAAGUCUAAGCACAACAUUAAUGCGUGUUUUAAAUACCGUUUGAACAAAUAGCCUUAGGCUAAUUUUGUACACAAUAUUUUAAAUGCUUUUGUGUAUAAAUCAAAGUUUGAGUACCUUGAAUCAUCAGAAAGCAAAGUUGUCACUGUCUCAGUCACCCAUAUGGACAAGUUUGAAUUUUGGAGUAUUUUAUAUUUUGGCAUUCAAGACAAGGAGUGCUCAGCCUGUAAGUUAAUGUCAUCGUUUGCUAAGCUUGGAACAAUAACUUGUUUGGACAACAGCUCCUUCAAUUGGAGCUUUGAAUUCACUUGUUUUUAGUGGGAGUUCCAUUUAAUGCCCCUGAUCUAGGGAUUUAUGAACACAGCAGGAUGUCGCUGCUACUGACCUUGAUAAUCUCCCUCACUGGUCAGAGGGCCCUAUUGGACUAAUGUUUGGAAGUGCUGGUAGAUCGCUGACCAUUUGGAGAUUAGAAUGGAAUAGUUCUCUCCAAACUGGUGUCUUUGUAGUAUUUUGGCUUACAGCUCCCUUUGCAUCUUAUAAAUGGCUUUGCUGACUGAGUAUAAUGGGAUCUGGAGUCCCAAAUACCUGGGGGGAAAAACAAGAUGGGAAACGACUAUACAGUAUAUAGCUUGCUUGCAUUGAUAGAAAAGUGAUUCCUUGCAGAAUCAGACCCUUAAGCAAAAGACUCACCCAGCCUUGCUUCCUAUGUGAGAGAAGGCAUGCCUUUCCCUAGAGGUCGUUUUCUGCAUAUUUACCUUGUUCAUAAAAUUCACCUGGAGUUUACACCUAACUGUUGAGCUCUACUCCAGAUUGGUAGUUUCUAUGUGCAAAGAAAAUGACCUAUUUAGUGAACAAUAGACAAGGCAAAGAGAGAGGAUUUCACUGAACUGGGUCAAUAGAGCCAUAAAUCAGGUUGCAUCUGUUGAAAUUUCCUGCUUUGAGGCAGUAUGGGCCCCUGUAUUAGAGAACUGGGUCAGAUUGGGAAAUGUCUAGUCUCUAAUCUAUUUUAUGCUUCCUACAGUUAGUGUUCCUAAUUGCCAACAAAGAUUAUGCCUAUUGAUUAAUCUUGAACAAGGAAUUAAAUACAAUGGAGUUUUGAUAUUACUUCAUUUCUUGUUGUUCAGAUAGUAAGAUGUAUUUCGGUAUGGGUUCUCUAUAUUGUCCAUAUCAUUUCCAGGGAAGUCAAACUAUUUUUAGAAAAUAUAUUUGGUUUUGCACCAACAUUCCUCUCUCUCCUUAGCUUGAUUUUGGCUACAAAAUUUUGGCUAAUUCUCUUUAAAUUAGGCUGGUAGUUACCUCCACUGGAAACAGUGAAUUUCUCUUUUGUAUAGGAUUGAGGUUCUCUUUAAGAUAUGUUUAAAGUGUUAGAUAUCUUAAAGGAAAUGCCUGGAAUUUUAUUUUACAGUCCUCCCAGAAUGUUUAUUCUAAAUACCCAUUCUCUUAGGAUAGGAAAUAUUGAUUUGAUGUUCUAUAAACAUUAGAAAAUUAAAAGGUAACUCAAAACAGCUACUCCCCCUCCCAGUUGUUGUUCUAUGCUCUCAAGUUUCUGGCAGAUUCCGGCAUGUGGCAAUGCUGUCUUUGAUUCUGGGGGAAAAUUUAGGGGGAGGGGUCUCUGAAUUGGGAUUGUGUGAUAUGUUCAAGUUCCCAUGAUUCAGCAGGAAUUUGAAUCCUGGUCUCCAGAGCCCUAGUCCUACACUCCAAUCACUAUAUGAUGCUGAUUCAGUGGUUAUUCAAGAAAUAGCUUCCUAAGAUCUACAGAGACAUUCACAAGAACACCUCAGCAAGCGAGAGCCCAAAUGUGGCAGGUUAAAUCCCGGAACCUCAAUCCAUGGCUGAAACCGGAUGAGAAACUCCCUCCUGGGCACACAGAAGAUGGGCAAUUUGGAAGGUGCUGAACAGACUGCACUCUGGCAUCAUGAGAUGCAGUGCACUUUUCUCUAGAAUAUCCUGCAUCAGGAAAAACAUGAAGGAAAUUCAAAAAAAGAAAUCAGUUGAUUUGUACAGUGAUGGUCCUCAGUGGAUGUCUAAUUUGCCAGAAUCUCUUUGGGGCAUUCCUCUCUCUAACUUGUCAUUACCAGGUAGUCAUGAUGCUAUGACAUACUGCUUAGAUGAAGAGUCAAAAGUAAGCGUAAAUGAAUCCAAGUUGUUGCAAUUUAUGGACAAACAUAUGCAUCGCAUAGUGCACCCAAUUAUUUUGAAAUGGUCUGUAACGCAGGUGCUGACUGUAUUAGAGCAACUGGAUGCUGGAAUUAGGUAUUUUGAUUUAAGGAUUGCUCACAAACCUGAUGAUUCUUCUAUGAACUUAUACUUUGUUCAUAUGCUAUAUACAACGGUUGUUGUAGAGGCUGUCUUGUGGGAUAUUUUACGUUGGUUGAAAAACCAUCCCUGGGAGGUUGUUGUUCUUGCUUUCAGAAAUUUUGAUGGAUUGGAUGAGGAGCAUCACUGUCACUUGAUCUCCUGUAUAAAGAAGAUAUUUGCCGGCAGGAUCUGUCCUAGAAAUGUUGUACCAACUCUACGGAACUUGUGGUCUGGUAACUAUCAGGUUAUUGUGUCCUAUGACAAUAUUUCACAAGUGACGCAGCAUUAUGAAUUGUGGCCUGCAAUUCCAUACUGGUGGGGAAAUAAGACCACAGCAGCAAAGCUCAUCCAGUAUUUGGAGAGGAGGAAACAGGGUGGACGUCCAGCGGGAUUAUUUGUUGCAGGAAUCAACCUCACUGGAGAUCUAGGGUAUAUUCUGGCACAUCUGCGUGGCUCUCUUAAAGAAAUGACCCUUUCUGCUCUUCCAUUUUUAAAUCUAUGGAUAAAAAAGCAACAUCCUGGACCAACGAAAGACUGCAUCAACAUCAUUGCUGGAGACUUUAUAGAAAAAAAUGACUUUGUGAAGAACGUGAUAGAGCUAAAUAGCAAACUUUUGAAAUAGCACUAUUUAUGUUCACUUGUUGGGAAAAAAUACACAGGUUGGGAUUGAGCCCUGGCUCAAGCGAGAGACAGAAGAAAUAAAUAAUCAACUACCUCAUGGGAAUUUUGUAAAUAUCUCACGUGCACUUAAGGAUAUAUUUAAAAACUCUCAUUAAGAAUCAACUGUGAAAGACUCGGUGAUGUUCUAUGAAGAUAUCAGUGGGAAAAAACCCACUUCACAGUGAAAGUAGGACCUAUUCAAAAGCCGAGAGCCUUUAUGUAUGUGAAUUACAUUUUCAUCUCCUAAGGUGUGCACUAAGGUGUGAUGAUUGCCCAUUUGUCUUUACCAAAUAUUAUUUGGCGUUGAUCAUCUCUUUGGAAGGAAGGGGAAGGCUAAGCUUAUCUUUCUUCACAUAAGCAGAUGACUGAAGAACCACCUGUUAACAGUUGUGUUUGAUGUGCCACCUGGUGACAGAAGCUAGGGGCAAAGAAGUGUUUCAGAGAGACAUAACCCAGAAGUGGGCUAGUUUUUAAAUCUAUGAAGUUAAUGUUUAAGUAUUUGUUAUCCUCCAAGUGCUUACAGCAAUGGCAGUUCUGCCUAUCUGCUGAUGUAAGCUGAAGUUUGUUUCUAUCAACUGGAAACCUUUAUCUGGCCAGGAAAAGCAAAAUAAAACAGAACCUUGGGGUUUGAGUUCCCCUUCCUCCAGCCUUUAAUCUUUGUGCCAUAAUGGCUGAACUGAUCACCAUUAUCUUUUGCUAUUGUUGAAUUAGCCAGAAAUUGACUGUUCCCAAGGGGAAGAGCCUAAAAAGUAAUACACACUUUGUCACUAAAAUUAGGCAAGAUAACCAGUCUCUCAAGAAAUUAGUUAAUUGUGUUUGGGUUCAUCUUAAAAUGGUUAUUUUCUGCAGUCUAUGAAAAAUUCAAAAAUAACAUUCUCAGUUUGAGUCAACUGGGGACACCAAGCCAAAUGAAGUUUAGUGAAAAUAAGUAUAAUGUGAUGUAAAUUGAGGUGAUAAACCCCAACUUUAUAUAGGCAGUAAUAGGAAGUAUAUAACGGUUUUAGUGCUAGAUAGCCAUGAGUAAGGCUACGCUGAUCUUAAAACUAUGCAUCACAAUAAUUAAAAUCUAUUUAUUUGUGGAGGCAGGGGUAGCAGUAUUGUCCUUUUGAGCUUCUUGUGAGCUCUUUCAUUUUUAUGUUCUUAGCUGUCAAAAAUAGUUUAUUACAUUCCCCUUAAGAAUAUUUGGAGAAUAAGAAAUAUAUCAGUCACUGAAAUUGAAAGUAUGAAGUUUGAGUUUUAGUAGCACUGUGAUCAUUUGUCGUCAACAUUGUUACAAGCACUGUGCAACAUUAUAUGAAAAGAUUUUAGUUUUCAUUGUGACUUUUCAAAUGUUAUUGUUCUGUAUUGAGCUGUCAUCUAGUUCUCCUUAAAACAUGUUUUUUGUUGUAUAGUCACAAAAGAAUGCUCAGCACUACCACAAUUGAAAAAAGGCUUGACUAUCUUCAGUCCUUAAGAGGAAUACUGCAUUCAGCAGCAUGUUUCUGUAACAAAUGGCCAGUAAUCUUAAUAAAAAUGCUCAUACUAGAUUUGGAAAAGUGUGACAAUAUAUACAAAAAUAGGUUUUACUAUCUGUUAUAUGCAUGUGUCACCAAGUUACCUGUCAAUUUAUGGCAACCUCAUGAAUUUUAUAGGACUUUCUUAGGCAAGGAUAGCUCGCAGUACCUGGUAUUGAUUGUUCUUCCAUCCAAGCACCAACCAGGACUGAUCUUGCCUGACUUCCAAGAUCAGACAAGAUCAGAUAUCUGUAGGGUUAUUUAGUGUCACCUGUAAUGUCAAACUGAGGCCAAGCAAACAUAAUACUAGGCUAUCUAGUUUUAAUAGGAGCCGCACUGGUGCAAUGAGUUAACCCUUGUGCCGGCUGAACUGCUGACCCAAAGGAUGAGUUGCUGAAGGUUGCCGGUUUGAAUCCAUGAGAUGAGUGAGCUCCCGCCUGUCAGCUCUAGCUUGCAGGGACAUGAGAGAAGCCUCCCAGCAGGAUGGUAAAACAUCCAGGAGCCCCCUGGGCAAUGUCUCUGUAGACGGCCAAUUCUCUCACACCAGAAGCAACUUGCAGUAUGUUCUCAAAUCGCUUGACAUGAUAAAAAAAAUCUUGCUCAAAGAUGUAAUGCUCAGGAACGUAUAUAUAUGUGCCUUUUAAAGAAGAAAUUCAGUACCAGAGGCAUAGAAAAAUGAAUAAAAAGGACGGGUUCAUGAUCCCACAGAAAUAGGAGCAGUCAACUUAUUUCAGGAAACAUUUUAUUCAAAACUAAAUAUGUACAAAACUGAUAACGUUUGACCGAGUAAACAAGAAUUUCAGGAACCUUGUACAGCCAUGAAAACAUCUUCCAAAAUACAUUUAGUAACAGCUGCGAGAAUGACAUGCGAAAGGAGUGGAGGGGAAAACACACCAGAAUUGAAAUCAUGGUUCCAAAAAAUACUGGAAAUUAUGAAUAUGGAUAAACUAACAUACCUAUUGGCAAAUACUCAAGACAAACCAAAAAAACAAAUAAAUUGGGAAUUACUUAAAAAUUACUUAAAAGAAAAUUGUAAAUUGAUAAUAUAAUAGUUCAUCAGACAGGGGCGGAGGAGCCAACCAAUCGUCUCAAUAUAAGUCUUUUUCUUUUCUUUUUUAGGACAAAGGACACGAUGGAGAAUAGAUAAGAGAUAAAAGAGCACAGUACAUAUUAAGAGAUUAAUAUACGAAUCAACACACAAUAGAUGGAAGUCAACUUUAUGUAUUUUUUGUUGCAUUUAUUUAUUUAUUUAUUUAUUUACAGCAUUUAUAUUCCGCCCUUCUCACCCCGAAGGGGACUCAGGGCAAAUCACAUUACACAUAUAGGCAAACAUUCAAUGCCUUUUGACAUAGAACAAAGACAAACAAACAUAGGCUCCGAGCGGGCCUCGAACUCAUGUAUGUAAUCACAAUUUAGACCUUCGGUGGUUUUGUUUGUUUUCUUUUCUCUUUCCCCCCCUCUUGUUUAACUCUCUUUUUAUGCUAUUUUUUCUGUCUUUGUUUUCUUUUUUUCUGUCACAUACACAUCUAUGUUACAAACCAGAUGUUAUGGUUUUUGAUGUCUCACCCAUUUCCCCGACUGCUCCCUUUCCCUCAGUGAUGAUUGUUGCAACUUAUUUUCCUGUAUAAAUAUUUUCAAUAAAAAAUUAUUUUAAAUACA